AUGCAAUGUAUUGCAGCUUCGUCAAGACGUAUAUUCAAACAUCCAGCUUCCACCCUCUACGUGAACUCGACACUCAUUUGGAACGGGUUCCUCGGCGCGGCUCCGCAGAAACCCACGGUCACGAUUUCGCUGAAGGCUCUAGAGGCCUAUCGGCAACUUCAUCGAGCCUGCCCAAGACUGAGCGUGCAAGCACAAGUGCGAGCACUCUGUUACCUGCAUCAAGUUCCUUUCCAGAAACACCUCAUCAAGCAGUUCAGCGACGCAUAUGAUGUUUACCUCGACAUUCAAUAUCGUGUCGACAAGCUCGUAGACACCGCACUGGGACGAGACACUCCGCACUGGCGCAUGCUGAACGCAUGUGCACCGUGUCUCUACAAGCUCGAAGACGAACCUGAGCUCAAGUACUCUCUCAUGGUGACUAUCGACAGUAAUCAAUCCCUCAAACUCAUUGACGAUGCUUUCCGGCACGGCACUGCGCGAGCGGACCCGCGAACUGCACGAACAGAUAUCUGGCUGUCGCCUGCUGAAAUGAAUGUCGACAAUCGCACCAUUGCGUCGGGUCCCGCCCCGGAUAAUCUCCGAGACCUCGAUCUCCACAGCGAUGACGUUCAAUGGCUAAACUUAGCAGAUUCCGAAAAUGGCAAGAUCGAAGCGUCUGUCGACGUAUGCGUGGAGCGCUGGCGCAAUGCGGGCCCCGAGGCACGAAAGAAGAUGUUCGCCCUCUUCGCCAUGACAGGCAUCUUCGUCUGUCUCUGCCGUCAUGGGCAACUCCUCAUUUUGUGUGACAUGAUCAAAAGCGGCGAGCUUAUGAAGUACCCUCUCGCGAUCGUCGACAAGUUAAUGGACGUGUACGGCCCUGACGUCCUAGUCGCGUACGACAUUGCAUGCACUUUCACAAAGACUCUCGCGAAAAGUUUCAUCGGCCCCAAGGCUUGGCAGCAUCGCAUGGCGGGAGUGGUACCGGCGUUCCACGGACACAGCCACAAUCACGGCUGUCAGGUGCACUGGCACCCUCUCUACAUGGACGGAGUUGGCAAGGAGGAUUUCGAAGGGUGCAAACGGUGCUUCUCGGAAUCCAACAGCCUCGCCUCAGGAACGCGCAUGUCUUCCGUAUUUCACCGGGAGCAGGCGAUCGAGGAGUUCUUUUGGUCGUGGGGCGAGCAGAAGCAUAGUGAUUCAGGAACGUUUAUAUACAACAAUUAUCGACAGGCACUCAAUAUCAUUGAGGAAGACGGACGUGUCCUCGCCGCAUUAUUAGCCGAAUUGAGGGUCAGUGUCGCGGACCUUGAGCAAUACUUGAAGGACAAAAGGCAGUACCUGCGCAAUCGCAGAUCUGAGCCACCGGAGGUGACUCGCAAGGUUGAGUACCUCGAGCAGCUUAAAGACCUCGAGCACAACAUCACUCACAAUGGCUAUACGAAUAAGGACGCUGGGAGAGUGAGGGCAAACCGGACGAAUGCGGUCAAGCGCUACCUCGCCGUUGACGACCUCUGCGUCGAGUUCAAGAACCAACUAGGCCUCGACGUGCGAUGGAUGCCAGGCAGUACGGAGUAUCAGGAGGCUUCGAAGCUCCUCACCAUUCGAGAGUACCAACGCUCGCUUGACGAACUCGAACGUCUCAUCGUUCAGCGGCUCUUCGAACUCACCAAGCUCGGAAUGAGUGGCGUUGGUUACAAGCUUCGCGAGAAGAUUGGGAAGGCUUUGAAGGCACGUGCUGAGGCAAUCAGGAAGGCCUUGAAUCGUUACAAUGCGAAAGCAGCGAAGCUGAACCCUCCGUGUCUGCCCUUGACGUGGACCGAGGUGGUGGGCAUGGUAACCUUGGCUGACUUCGACCUCCUGCGGGAGACACGAGACAAUAUUCAGAAGCAACCGUGGGCGCAAACUUCACACAGGCGAGCAAUGAACCUGCAUUUCAACAUCAAGUGGGCCCACGAGGAGAUCGCACAACUGAAUGUUGAGAUUCAGCGCCUGCUCACGUUUAUGUACGAUGAGCAUGCUGACUACCACCUGGCCAUCCAACAGGUGACAGCAACAGUCCCUGAUCUUGUGUGCGAGCUCAAGGAGCGUUGGCGUUAUCGGAGCAGCAUUCAUGCCAGAAUCGCCGCACAUCUACAGCAAACUUCGCAGCUGCGUGGCUUCUCGGGCAAUAUUCUAACUGGGCGUUGA